AUGGCUUACCCAGAACAAUUCCAAGGGUUCGCAACUAACGACCCCAAAGACUGGGCUCAUCCAAAACUUACCAGCUACCAGCCCAAAAACUUUGGUAAUCGCGACGUAGACAUCGAGGUCGAAUGCUGUGGUAUUUGUGCUUCGGAGUUGUUUGCUCUUCAAAACGGAUGGUCUCACGAACCUAUGACUUGCUUGAGCUCCAAAUACGGUCCUAAAACGCAAGUAGUGGGCCACGAAGUCGUCGGCAAAGUUGUGGCCGUGGGUCCAGAAGUUACGCUCUGUAAAAUCGGCGAUAGAGUAGGUUUGGGUGCCCAGGCUUCGGCUUGCAUGCAAUGUUCCCGUUGCACUUCUCAAAACGAACAAUAUUGUCAAAACUCCGUUUCCACCUAUUGCUCCAAAUACCCGGACGGCUACGUCUCUCAAGGUGGAUACGCUUCCCACGUUCGUGCUCAUGAACAGUUCUGCUUUCCAAUCCCACCUGAAAUCCCAUCUGAACUUGUGGCGCCUUUGCAAUGCGGUGGCUUAACGGUGUACUCGCCAAUCAAACGUAACAUCGCCGGUAAGACCAACCCCAAAGUCGCUGUCAUUGGUAUCGGUGGCCUAGGACACAUGGCCAUCAUGAUCGCCAGGGCCCUGGGUGCUGAAGUUUAUGCCGUUUCUCGUGGCUACUCCAAGAAAGACGAUGCUAUGAAAAUGGGCGCUCAUAAGUUCGUCGCUACCAGUGAAGAAAACUGGCAACAGAGUCUUUUUGACCAGUUCGACUUGAUCUUGAACUGUGCUUCUUCCACAACAUCCCUGGACCUCAACAAUCUUUUGCCAUGCUUGAAGGUCAAUUGCAACUUCAUUUCCGUUGGCUUGCCACACGUUGACGAAGACUUCAGAGUUAAGCCCUUCACAUUUUUCCGCAACGGUUGCAACAUUGGUUCUUCCAAACUAGGUUCUAGAACCGAGGCCAUCGAGUUGAUGGACUUGGCAGUGAAACAUAAUUUCAGGCCAUGGGUAGAAACUAUCCAAGUUUCUGAAGCCGGUGUUUCUGAAGGUCUCACUCGUCUAAAUGACGGUGAUGUUAGAUAUAGAUUUACCUUGACCGGUUUCCAUGAGUUCUUCAACACGGGAAAGCAGUAG